AUAUGAAACAUUUUCGACAAAAAUUAGCUGUCAUUUUGCUCGAUUCAGAGCUGAAUAAGCUAAAAGGAGGUCCCAUAUACCAUCAACCUGACGAUCAAGAAACUUUAGCUAAUUCUGAUCUCAAUAUAUUGGACAAUCCAUCUGACGUAGUCAAAGACAAACGUCCUGCACCAAUCACUAUCAUACCCACGGACCAACGUGAAUUACUUGCCGGCCUCUGCAACUACAUCAUGUCGAUCGAUGAUGCCGGUUGUUUGGAGAAGGUAUGUGUCCGGAGCUCGACACCCGAUCCAAUGGGUUUAAGUCUUAAGAAACUUCAGUGCAUACUUAACAUAGAGCAGCCCAUGGACAAUGAUUGCUUCAACACAGCCGUGCGUAUGCUGGCAUGUGACGAGGGAGUAUUGUUCACAUACCCUCCUGUGCACUACAUGGAUCUACGAUUUUGUUCCAUGAUGCUAGAGUCAACACGAGGUCAGAAGUUUUGCGAGAAGGAAACUAUCCAGACGUUGGCAACAUUAUUUGAUAGCUGGCCUGGGAUGGACAACGACAUCUCAUCGUGCAACAAGGUAAGUAAAGUAUUUUGUCCAUUGUUAUCAUGGAUGGGUAUGAAUUGA